GCGCACUAGCUUUGAAGGAACCUAAGCACAACGAACUAAGUACCGUACCACUCUUUGCUAAGAGUAUCGGCGUUCUGAAAUACUGUAAAAUGAUGAAAUUGCUACCAAGGUUACUUUUGCUAUUGUUACUAGCCUUUCCAACAACUAUUCUACUGAAAGGACCAUUGGUGGCAGCACAGGAUGCUACUGAGGACGAGGAGGCUGCUGAUGAAGACUUAGGAGAUGACGUGAUUGCUGAGGAUGAUGAUGAGGCUGAGGUGGAGGAUGAUGAAAACACCGAAUUGACAGAAGAAAAAGAUGAAGAGGAGGAAGAAGAAGCAUUAACGGGAGAAGUCAAAGCCUCCCCACAUGCUGACACAACCAUCCUCUUUGUUAAAGGAGAUGACUUCCCGGCCAACAACAUUGUCAAGUUCCUGAUGGGCUUCACCAACAAGGGCGCUGAGAACUUUGUGGUGGAGUCCCUGGACGCCUCCUUCCGCUACCCGCAGGACUUCCAGUUCUACAUCCAGAACUUCACGGCCUUGCAGCUGGGCAUCGUGGUCCCUCCCCUGCGUCAGGCCACCUUUGAGUACUCCUUCAUCCCUGCCGAGCCAAUGGGAGGACGCCCCUUCGGCCUGGUCAUCAACCUCAACUACAAGGACAGCAAUGGCAAUGUGUUUCAGGACGCCGUGUUUAACCAGACCGUGACGGUCACAGAGAGGGAGGACGGUCUGGAUGGAGAGACGAUCUUCAUGUACGUGUUCCUCGGUGGUCUUGGACUCCUGGUUGUCGUUGGGCUUCACCAGUUGCUGGAGUCAAGAAAGGGCAGGCAGGACAGGAGCAUGAAAAGAAAGCUUGCUAAGGCAGCCGUGUUUCUGCAGAUGAUGGAGAGGAGAAGGCCGGUGGCCAAAGUGGAGAUGGGCACCUCUAGCCACGGGGACGUGGACAUGGACUGGAUCCCUCAGGAGACGCUGAACCAGAUCAUGCAAAGCCGGAGAGACAAGGCCUCCCCCCGGAGAUCACCUCGCAAGAGGACGCAGAAGCGCUCGGCCGGCUCAGACGAGUGAGGGCUCGUGGCCGCGCCGGGGCCGGACCCAGGCCACACCUGGCCCAGCUGCUGGUUGGCUCACAUGAUUCUGUGGCCGCACUGAGCUUCAUGACCGCUGGGGAGGGUGUCUCAACCCCCCUCCCCCAUCUCAAACACACGCACACACACACACACAGACACGCGCCCGCACACACACAGAGCCUACUGCCUCCCUUUUUAGAGACUGCCCUCUCAAUCAUAACACAUUUAAAUUUCAAAUCUGGACAAGUACAACAGCGUUGUGAGCUGGGGGGAGAAGUUUAAAAAGUAUGCCAUUAGAUGAACUUUAGGCUGGACCUCUGUCCUUGAAAAGAGGUUUGUUUUUGGUCUUUUUUUGGUAGUUUUUUCGCCCUGUUGUUUUGUGUUUGUUUUGACGGUAUCUUGGCAUGGUAAUUGAAAUGGUUAGUUUACAGGUUAAAACUGUAGACACUGAUUGGUACUUCAGGGCUUAUUCACCUUUUCCGCAAUGCUGUCAGGGUCCUUAAGCAAAACGACAACAACUAAACUUGAGGAUGUGCUCCCAGAUAUGUUUGCAAUUAUUUUGUUUUUAUUUUUCGUUUGCACUGGUCCUCUGUGUGCUUGAGUCCAUGGGUGUCCAUGCCGGUUGCCAUGGCGCUCUAGUGGCCACAGGGAAACCCCUGCUCUGACUUGCCGUCUGAAGUGCACUGCUACGUUCAGCAUUCAGCUCCUUGUUCAUGCCAACUCUCUUGCUAGAAGCGUAAGUUUUGGGUUGUGAUGAGAUUUCUUUUGGUUUCUUUCCCCCCGUUUUUGCCCCCAUAUCUUAGAGGUGCCUCAUACGACCGUGAGUUUGUGUAGCUCCUUCUUUUUUUUUUUUUUUUUUUCAAAGUUCCCAUUUUUGAUGAAUUAUUACUACUUUGAUGUCAGGAUUUUAAACCUUUAUCUGAAGAAAGCACUGGUGUAUAGGGGGGUUCAAAUGGGGUAAAUGCAGUUAAUUUAUUUUCUUCUGAUUUGUCGAGACCUAUUAAUUUUUUUGUACACUGUACCUUCCACUGUUGCCAGAGGCAACGCCCUCUACUGGCCCUUCAGAAGGACUCGUGUCCUGGGCUGACUCACGGGGCGACGUCCACAACGGUGCGACGUCCACAUCUGCUUUCUGUAGCAACUUCUGGCUUGCAGACGUGACUGUGUGGUGGGCAAGCAAAGGCAUCCGUUAGACAACUAAGGAUUCAGGUAUCGAUCUGUCUCCUGUCCCGGCUGCAGACGCGUCUUGUUUUUUCAACAUUAGCCUUUUUACCAUGUUGAACUAAUUCAGUGGGAGGGUGCUGGUCUGAUUUGUUUUUUUUCUUUUGAAUGAUAAGACCGCUCUGUGUCUUGUACAUUUUUUAAAAUCUUCUGAGUAUUAGUGAUAUUGAUGUGUAAAUUUGGAAUGAAUGACGUGGACUGAAUAGGCAAUACAAGAAAUAAAGGUGAAUGAGAUGUUG